AUGGAGAUCUACAACGAGCAGGGCUUCGACCUGCUCGACCCGUCGCACGAGACGAAACAAUUAACGGAUCUCCCGCGCGUGAAGAUGAUGGAGGACGAGAACGGCAACUUCCACCUCAAGAACCUGUCGAUGCACCGCGCGGGCAGCGAGGAGGACGCGCUGAAUUUGUUAUUUCUCGGCGACACGAACCGGGCCAUCAGCGAGACGGCGAUGAACCAGGCGUCGUCGCGGUCGCACUGCAUGUUCACGAUCUUCCUCGAGGGCCGCCGGGCCGGCAGCGACCGCGUGCUGCGGUCCAAGCUCCACAUGGUCGACCUCGCGGGGUCCGAGCGCGUCCACAAGACCAAGUCCGACGGCGUCACGCUGCGCGAGGCCCAGUACAUCAACACGUCCCUCUUCUACCUCGAGAUGGUCAUCGUCGCGCUGAACGAAAAAAAGGGCGGCCGCGUCCACAUCCCCUACCGCAACUCGAUGAUGACGUCCGUGCUCCGCGACUCCCUCGGCGGCAACUGCAAGACGGUCAUGGUCGCGACCUGCUCCGCGGAGAAGGAGCAGACCGAGGAGUCCAUCUCGACGUGCCGCUUCGCGCAGCGCGUCGCCUUGGUGAAGAACGACGCGCACGUCAACGAGGAGACGGACCCCUUCGUGACCAUCCGGCGCCUCAAGGGCGAGGUCGCGACGCUGCGCGCCGAGGUGACCUUCCUCAAGGGCGAGGCCGGCGAGGGCGCGAGCCUCACGGACGGCGAGCGCGCGGACCUCGCGGAGGCGUGCCAGGUCUACGUGGAUUCCAGGGACGCGCACGAGACCCUGCGGGUCUCGCCGCUGACGCUGACGCGCAUCAAGGACUGCUUCGCCAUCCUGAAGAACAUGGUGCUGAGCGCCAUGGCGACCGCGGGCCCCGGCGGCGGCGGCGGCGGCGGCGGCGGCGACUGCGACGCGCUCCAGCGGACGCUCAAGGAGCGCGACAACGAGAUCGCCAUCUUGGUCAACAUGGUGCGCCAGGCCAAGGGCGGCGGCCCGCUGCCGACCCUGGGCAAGGACCAAACAUCGCCGGGGAAGCCGCCCGCGCCGUCGCCGGACGCGAAGCCCGACCGCGCGGGGCCCCGGGAGCGCCGCGACCCCCGGGAAGUUCUGGCGGAGAAGCGGCGCCAGAUGCGCGUGAGCGACGUCGGCGGCGUCGACUUCAGCCUGCCGCCCAAGGAGGCCGCGGGCAUCCGCGACGACCCCCAGAAGGCCUACGCGUACUUCCGCGAGCGGUGCCGGACGAACGGCGCCAUCGAGGACAACAAGGCCGUGCUCAAGGCCAAGUACGGCGAGGCGAAGAUGUACGGCGAGCGCGUCAACUCGUCGCGCAAGUCCAUCGCCUACCUCAAGCAGACCAUCGAGCAGCUCCGCCGCGAACGCGCGAUGGAGGGCGUCUCCGGCGACGACGACGACGGCGAGCCGCCGCCGCCGACCGCCGAGGAGGAGAAGAAGAAGGAGGCCAUCGAGGUCGAGAAGCGCGUCUACAAGGAGUCCUUCGAGAAGCUGCGGGGGCUCAAGGGCGAGAUCGAGCACAUCCAGCGCAUGCUCGAGACGGGCCGCGCGAGGCUCCAGUCCGACUUCGACAAGUGGUACGACCACGUCCUGCGCAUCCCGAUCAACUCGCCGCGCUACGACCACGAGGAGCCGUCGCCCGAGCCCGCGCGGUCCGCCUGGGCGACGCCGCCCCUCAACGCCAGCCAGCCGAAGCCGCCGAAGCUCACGGGCAACGAGGACGCGGACGACGACAUCCGCGCGUUCUACGCGGCCAAGGAGGAGCUCGCCGUGCUCCAGGCGAAGCGCUAA